AUGCCAUCAAUCCAAUCCCGCGUGGAGCGGGAGGAGCAGUUGCUGGAGGCGUACCGCAAGGAACGCUACCAAGGAAGUGCUCGGGUUUUGCUCGAUUACCUCUCGUUUGACCACGGUUUCAGCCACUGCAUGGGCGAUGGCCGCAACUCGAUCCGACUGGAGCGGAUCUUGGAAAUCCAGGGCUGCCUUCGGAUCAACCGCGACUACCAUGUACCGGUACUGGUCAGCGCUGCGGACUGGGGUCGCCGGGUGCGUUUCAACGAGACGGACAGUGGUCCCUUUCGGGCCCUGGACGUCCCGCUGGAUACCGUGCUUCGUGCAGUGAAACAUGAGAGCCUCAUCUCAGCAGCGCGGAAGUGGCUCAGCCCACCGAACCGCUGGUGGGUGGUGGAUGUGUACGUGGAGGCUCCAGGACCGGAACACGGGGGAGCCGAGGCGGACCAACCUGCACCGGGCCAACUGCAGGCCCGCCUAGUUCAAUCUCUGCAAGAGCAGUUCCGGAACGAACGACAGCCGCCUGAUGGGCUGAUUUAUUACAAAAUUCGGCUGUACGAAGGCGCACUCGACCAGCCAGCCGAUCAAGCCGCAGCCAACAAGUGGUGGGCGAUCCUGCAGAAUAACCCGGCCACCAAAAAGCACAAAUACCUGCGAGCGUUCUUGCGCCACGGCAGCUUCCCCCAGGCAUUUGAUGCCCUGCUGCCGGUUCCCGGACUCUGGGCCGUCCUGUCAUACCUCGAGCACAUCCGACACACCUUCAUCACGAGGAUCUUCGGCGGCGAAAUGGCGCUUGCGGCUGGGGCGGACGCCAAAAGCGUUCAGCUGCUGCAGUGUCGCGCGCCGAAAAUUUCGAACGGUGAUCUGCACUUUCUGCAGAAACGGAUGAACGACGGGACCCUGUUCCCAUUGAUUCAAGACGGCACGAAGCGAGAGGCCCUCUGGAACCGACUGCAGACGAUCGACGUCCCGAUUCCCACUCUGCAGACUUUCUUUUCGGACCUGCGAUAUCUGGCCGUCGCCCGCCGCGCGAUGCGAGCGCUCCUGCACAUCACGAGCCCGCACACCAAGAUGUCCAUCGAUGAACGACUGGGGGGCCAGCACCGCAUGAUCGGACACCUUCCCUUGGACGAUGGUAAGCGCGUAGUACGGCGAGGGCUGCGCGAGCUGUGGCGCUUCAGCUUUCAAUACGGGCUGAAGAUGACAGGGACCGCCCGCCGCCAGCCCCGUGAUCGCCGGACCCAGGAGGCCGCAUCAGUCGUCCCGGACGUCACGGCACCAGUGGAUCGGACGAGGCUUUGGCAACACUUCUUCUGGCUGGCCGACGGUGAAGGUUUUAACAUCCCAUCUCUGGGCGAUUUCGGGGAGCGCCCGAUGGACCCCGCCGGGGUCCCGACGCCAGCCAAUAGUCCCGAGGCCUGGAGUGAGGAGGAGCCCGUGUCUAGGCGACGUGGUAUUCCAUUUACCCCCACAAUCGACGCGGACCGGUGCGGCCUCUCCAAGGAGGCGUUGGAGCAAACCUGGGAACUACGGAGCGUCACACCGACGCUCAUCCGACAUUUCUUCCGUCAUUUAAGCGAGGAUAUCCGCGGCAGUCCCACCACCCGCCACCCCGAGAGUCGGGUUUCGACGCCACCCAGGCAGCGUGCCGUUGAAUUCCUCGACGGGCUCUCAGCACGCGGUUUCGUUCUUGAGAUCGGCCGUCGGCGGGGUGCCCAGGGUGCAGACAUUUACGAAUGGCACCUUGAACACCCGCUCGAUGAGGUGCAAGCGACACUCUCCCCGGGUUUUGUCAGUGAGUACGAGGUACCGCCGGAGAACCAGCUGAAACGGCGACGGCGAGAUCAAGAGGCGAGCGGUGCGAAAAAGGCCAUGGAUGAGAUCAUGGCGUGGAUCGACCGGCAGAGAAAUCCCUCGUCAACCCGCGACUGCACCGCCAUCAUUGGACGUAUCCCCGCCACUCGUCUGUUUUCUUGUCUCGUUCCCAUCCGUGGCACGUCGACAAACCCUAUGCGCGGCAAGGAACGCCCUCGCACAAUCUGGGCCGAUCCAGCUCGGACAUCCGCUCCACCGGCAAACGAUCGCUCCAAACCGUCCGUCCGACUGGGGAAACGGGCGAAUGCUGCACAAGGGGCUUCCCGCCCAGUCCACAGCCAGAGCCCCUGGGAACACUAUGAAGCGGGAGCAGAAGUCUUUUGUGGCCGAGAUGUCACUCUGGCCCGACACCGCACACACCGGAAGGGGGUUGUCCAUCUCCAGCGCCUGACGGUGGAUCGACAGUCUGCGGAGUCGCGGAUCCGGAUCAUCGACCAAUGUCAGCAUCCCACCUUUCCUCAUUCUCUUGGACGUAUCAUCCGACCGGUAGGUGAUCUCUCAGUGUCCCUUUGCAGCUGCUCACCGCGUUGGCAGGUGCUGGAGGGGAUCCGAUUCCUCCAGAAUCAAGGACUCGUGCUGGCGGCCCUGGGCCCGACAACCGUCCUACUAACGGCGGACGGUCAUGUGAAGAUUGGUGUGGAAGAUAGCUGUGCUAUCCCGAAGGAAGAUAUGCACGCCGACACGCUCAAGCUCACCGCGCUUGCCGCGCUCGUCGAACAAUUGAUGGACCAUGUCGUGGCCACGAUGAAGAAAUGGAAGGAACCUCAUUCUCGGGGGCCGGAGAUCAGAUCCGUUCUCGCGGCCCUGCGAACGGAGCCCCUGGAUGACUUGCUGAAGGUAAGAUCCGUGCCCCUCCCAAAGCGUCAUCCGCACACGGUCCUGAUCUCGGCACCAGAAUCCAUUCCUCGCCUCGCAGCCGAUCGGGGGCCUGCGAUGGCUGGCGAUCGCCGCCAACAAGAAAGUGCUUCAUAA